AUGGCAGAAAAUAAGGAGCAGCAAUCACCUUACCCUUUGGCACCUGCAGCUAAUGGCUAUGCAAGAAGUGACACUGAAUCAGCAUACCAUGAUGCAAGAGAAUUACGAAAAAGGAAACGUAAGAAAUGUUUACUGUAUAUUGUUCUCUUUGUUGUGUUUCAAACUGGGAUCAUACUGCUUUUUGCCCUAACCGUGAUGAAUAUCAGAACUCCCAAGUUUCGCGUGCGUUCAGCAGCUUUUGAGAACUUCAAUGUUGGACCACCAACAAACCCUUCAUUUAGUUUAAGGAUAAAUGCAGAGUUUGGCAUCAAGAACACGAAUUUUGGGCACUUCAAGUACCAGAACAGCGCUGUUUAUUUCAUCUAUGGUAGCGUGAAGGUUGGCGAAGUGGUGGUGCAGAAGGCACGGGCCAAAGCGCGGUCGACAAGGAAGUUUAAUGCUGCGGUGGAAUUGAGUUUUCCGGAGAAUUCUCAGCUGAGAAAUGAUUUGAAUUCUGGUUUUGUGCGCCUUAUUAGCCAAUCGAAACUCAGGGGAAAAGUGGAGUUGAUGAAAGUGCUUAAGAAAAAUAAGUCUACUGAUAUGAAUUGUUCCAUGGACAUUGUGACUGCUACACAACAACUGACGAAUAUUGUGUUUUGUGUACUUAUGUUUCUUCCACCGCCGGCGGCGGCUGGUGGAGGGGAUGGAUGUACUUUGAGAUUUGAUGCUCACCUAUUUGGUCUUUCUUUGUCAAAUAUUUUUCUUGAUUUCCAUUAUCUAUAUUGCAGGAUUAUACUAAGUUCUAUGGUGAAAAUAAGGAUUAUUCUUGGACCUUUAUUCAUAUUUGAGAGUUAA